AAACGGAACCUAAAAAAUGAGUAAAGUGUCUCAAGCCGUUCCGUCCUCCAAACUCUCUUUCAUUUCCCUCCCCCCCCUCUCCUUCCUUGGUUUGAAAGAAGUGCAAAUGUAACAAUUUUGUAUUUGUAGUUUUGUACUUCUUCCAAACUGAGCUUCCAUCCAGCCUCCAGGUUCUAAAUUUCUAAUUCGGCAAGUUUAUACACCAUAACGAUUUCUCUAUAAUCACGGCUUUUCGACUAAUUGAAGAAAGGGCAAUGAAGAUCACAGCUUUUCUCAGAGUCAGAGACUGCCGCCGCUAGGAGCACAAUUUUCGCGUGUCAUGCCGUUUUACAGAUAAACAGAUGGAGAUAUCUUCUUCGACGAAUACGAGUUCUACAAGCGUUACAGAUCUCGACGUCGACUCUCUAGCCCACUGCGCUAGCUAUUUGAGCCUACAAGACCUUUCGAAUAUGGCCAUGACCUGUAAAUUCUUCAGGAGAGCCGCUUACUCUGAUUCCAUCUGGCAACGUUGGUUCAGGGAACAUUGGCCACAACAAAUAUCUUCUAGCUUUUUGCAAACUUCUGGAGUUAGGGAAGCGUAUUUGGCUAGACGUUCUGCAUUACAACAAUUUAAAUUUGUUGAUCCUUUUAUUUGUCAGUUAUAUUCAUCCUCAAGGCCAUACAACUAUAUAUUGUUGGACAAAAAUGAUGUAUAUCUUUCACAGGGCUCAGUGAUACAAAUAAUGAAGAUUGAUACCUUAGAUAUUCCGGUAACACUGGCAGAUCACAAUGCAAGAAUUACUUGUAUGAGAUUGUUUUCCCUCAGUGAAACAUCUUUAUUCCGAAAUGACACACACAAAAAAGAUAAUGCUUUGGUAACUUCUAGCUGUGAUCAUUCAAUUCGUCUAUGGUGGAAGGGUCAUUGCCAACGGUGUUUCAGAGGACAUAAUGGACCGGUUACAACACUAUCAGAAAAAUUACUGGGUGGUUAUAGUGGAAAACUACUUGCAAGUGGAGGUGAAGAUGGUACAGUUCGUCUUUGGUCCCUUGCAUCAAGUGGUAAACGCGGCCAGCAUGCUUUAAGAACUACAUUUCAUGGGCAUGAAAAGCCUAUAUCAUUGCUGUCAGUUGCUGGGCACAAAGCUUCUCUUCUUCUGAGCAUUUCAAAAGAUGCAAAGGUGAGGGUUUGGGAUACAACUGUAUCAUCUGCUGCUCACUCUUCAUGCUGUGUGGGAAUGACAUCUGUAGCUGGUGCUCCUGUUGGUAUAAAAUGUUAUGAAUCAUUAUGCUAUAUAGCUGCUGGUGCCUUCGUUACAGCAAUUGACCUGAGAACAAUGAGAAAAGUUUUCACAGCAGCAGUUCAUCGCCCAAAAUUGUACUCAUUUGAGAUGCUGCCUUCAAAAUACAUGAUCUGCACAGGUGGAAACUACAAAGCCCUGUUAUGGGAUGUGCGGAAAAACCAAGAGGAGCCAGAGCCAGUGGCUGAAUUGGAUGGACAUGUGGGUCCUGUACAAUUUAUACACAUGGAUCCAUAUAAAAUAGUCACCUCUGGUCCAGAGGAUUUCUACGUAAAGGUUUGGGAUAGCGAAACAGGUAAACAAACAAAUUCAUUGGCAUGUUGUAUGACCGAGGAAUCAGUCCCAGGUAUUGGGUGCUCGGCAACGGCUGUGAAUGGGUUUCAGAUGGUUACUGCCAGCUGUGGUCGAGCAGCAGGAUUGCUAUGCUUUAGGGAUUACACCAAUGCUGCUCGUCCAGUUCCUUCACAAGAGGAUAACCAGCCCUACAAGUUUUGGGAACCACAACUUCACUCUGAUGGAUCUGAUGGCUGAGUGCACGUUCAUCUAGCAAAACCAGAGAAUUGUUACUGUUGUUCAGCAACUGUCAAGUCUGUAACAUUGGUGGUUUCAAGGCUUGAGCUAUGCAUAUUCUGCUUUGAUUUCAUUCUUUGGCUCAAAUAGUUGAUGGUAAAUGGUGAAAGGCAAUAUUUGAGUUCUUGUAUAGGAAAAAGGUGGUUAUAUAUCGCAUCAUGUGUCAAUGUCAAAAAGGAGCAUCUCUCGGAACUCGAAGGAUUUUAAGGAUCUGUAAAUGUUUUAAUGUUAGUUAUGAUUGUUGAGAGAGAAUAUAUAUGAAGAUGAAAAUGUCGGGCUAAAAGGCAUUGCUGGCUUA